GGGUACAACGUGACAUUAAAGCCAGAUGUGGCUUGCGUAAUGUUGUCCUUCAUCAGCCGUGCCGUCCUCAGCCAGCCCAGAACUCCAAGGUCCAACCUCUAAGUUAACGAUCUCUGCGAGUCACAGACAGUCUUUCCUGACCAGGUCAGCAGAUCACUAACGGAAUACAUCACCUACAAAGAUGGGCGACUGGGGAUUCCUGUCAUCAUUGCUGGACAAGGUCCAGUCCCACUCCACGGUCAUUGGGAAGAUCUGGAUGAGCGUCUUGUUCCUGUUCAGGAUCAUGGUUUUGGGUGCGGGUGCUGAGAGCGUCUGGGGUGAUGAGCAGUCAGGUUUCGUCUGUAACACUCAACAACCUGGUUGUGAGAACGUCUGCUACGACUGGACCUUCCCCAUUUCGCACAUCCGCUUCUGGGUCCUCCAGAUCAUCUUUGUCUCCACGCCAACGCUCGUCUAUCUGGGCCACGCCAUGCACGUCAUCCACAAGGAGAACAAGCUGAGGGAGCAGCUCUCGAGCCCCGGGGGGAACCAGCUGCUCAAAAUGCCCAAAUACACGGAUGAUAAGGGAAAGGUGAAGAUCAAGGGGAACCUGCUGGGGAGCUACCUGACCCAGCUGGUGUUCAAGAUCGUCAUUGAGGGUGCCUUCAUCUUGGGCCAGUACUACCUGUACGGCUUCAUCAUGGUCCCCAUGUUCCCCUGCUCUAAGAAGCCCUGUCCCUUCACUGUGGAGUGCUACAUGUCCCGGCCCACAGAGAAGACCAUCUUCAUCAUCUUUAUGCUGGUGGUGGCCUGCGUCUCCCUGUUUCUCAACGUCAUCGAGGUCUUCUACCUGCUUUGUACCAGAGUCAAAUGUGGGUCCAGGCCUCGCCCUCACAAGAUCAAUUCAGCGGAAAACCCUGCCACUCUGCUGGUUCCCAGUUGGCCGACUGUGGAGGACGCACUCAAGCAGAACAAGAUGAACAUGGAGCUGGACAACAGCCGGAGCAUCGGUGGAAGUCUGGAUGGAGCCAAAGAGGAGAAACGACUGCUGAGUGGUCAUUAAAGCAUUCCUCCUCCCACAGUUCCUCUUUCAGAUACGUCUGAGAGACUGUAAUGAAGAGUUCAUACAAUGUGGUGUAAAAACCAUGACAGAACAUCAAGAAAAAGCUGUAUCGUUGUAUCGUGAGAAAAUAUAUCAUAGUGCCACAUCUCUGGAGUUUUACAUUUAUUUUGUAUUCUUUCAUGGGAAAUCUAAUAAUGAAAAGUGUGCAAUAUUGAUAAUGUAUUUAUGUUCUUCGAUGCUCACUUGUUAAUCUAUGAGCAGGGGCGUAGGACAAGGGGGGGAAAGGGGACUGAGAACAUGCAUGAACAGUGUCCAGAGUCUUGUGCUACGCCCCUGAAUUUUGAAUUUGCCCGGUUAUUGAAUGUGUCCAUUAACUUAUUGCCAUGUUAUCUUGGACUUGAAAUAAUUUUGUGAAGAUGAUGCUGAUGAUGAUUGUGGCGAAGACUACUGUUGUUUCUACUAUUACAUAGUAGAGAUGUUUUUGUAUGGUGUGUUGUUUUGAAUGAAUGAUUAAAGUUGGAUUUAAAAAAAAAUACUUUCGUGACU